GCAGAGGACAGUGUUUCAUCACUAACGAGGUCGUGGAGACCAGCAAUGGUACCCAAUGGUCCAUCUCGAACAGAAACCAGUUCUACAGCUCUCAAAAGGAACUUUUCUGCUUCUUUCUGUUCAAGUUCUGGAUCAAAACUGCAGCGGGACAAGAAAAUAGCAACGUCUCUUGCCAUAAUUGUCUGUGUGUUUACCAUUUGCUGGGCCCCAUACUCUUUAUUAAUGAUUAUCCAUGGGUUUUGCCAAGGAAAGUGCAUCCAUAAGUCCCUCUAUGAAGCAACGUUUUGGCUUUUGUGGAUCAAUUCCUCUUUGAAUCCAUUUCUUUACCCUCUCUGCCAUAUGAGGUUUCGAAUGGCUUUUCUGAAAAUAUUAUGUCCCAAAAAGUUUGCAGCAUUGAGAUCUGGUAACACGCCUUCUAUUUAGCAAGGUAAAAGGAAUGUCUUACAGAUAAGGUUCCUCUGUCAUUUAAGUGAUACCUUUUCAUAUGUGUUGUUGGCAUGAAUAGAGAAAAAACCUCUUUGUUUACUAAUGACAUUGUCUAAGAGUGCAGCAGAGUUAUGUAGUUGCCCCAAUAUUGCUAAUUUUCAGGAUCUCAUUUUUGGUUUUGCUGGUAUGAUGCUAGAUUAAUUACCAUCUAGUGGAUUGAAAAGAAUAAUGAGCUUUGCUGAAUGUUCUCUUGCUUUGUGGGUGUGAGGUAUAUUUUUUUCUUUCUUUUUUUUUCUUUCCUUUGUUUAAUAUAUAGAGCUGGCACUGUGAAAGAACUCUGCUCUUGCUAUUUUCAUAGAGAGUCACUGGAGGGAGAUACUUGUUCAUGUAUGCGUUGAAUUAAAAUUUAUGUUCUAUUUAUGAAUCUAAAGCUGUCAGUGAAGAAGUAAUACUACUACAUUUUUCAAAGAUUGUAAAAAUACUCACAGAAGCAGUAUAUUUUCAUAUCAUAAACUAUUAUGAAGACAAGAGAGUGCCCUCUCCUUGUUAGAAUCCCCACAGUGAGCAAUAUGCAAGUGAAUGGAAUGCCUAACCUGCCAUAUCUGUCUUUUUCAGGUUUUAAUGUAGCUCAUACCUGGCAUUGCAGGACAAAGUACAUGUAAGUUAGCAAUUCUGAAUGAUUUUUAGAGAAUGAAAUUUUCCAUGCUAUGAGAAUUUUGAGACUGGUUAUCAAAAGUAUCAGACGCAAAUGGUUGUUAGUUUUUUCACCUAUACCGGUUUUUCACCUGACAUUGGCUGCCCCUUUGGUCAUGCUUAAAUGAUAUUUAGUGCCAGAUUUGUGCACUAUGUGAUUGCCUAAAAGAUAGGCCAGGCUUGGGCACAUGAUCACAUUCCUGUUGAAUUAGCAGAGCAAGCAAUGCUAAGUUCAUACUGGAUUUUUGAUUUUGGCUGGCUAUGCAAGAAUAGACAAUAGCCUAUCCGGUGUAAAGCUUUGCAAGUGCAAAGAUAUUCCAUCAAAAUGUCUGGAACAAAUUUGAUCUGACAGAGUGAUUUUUUAUACUAGAUCAGUGCUUUAUGUCCUGUUACUGUGACAUUAUAUGGAUUUUCUCUGCCACAGAACAAAUAUCAAACUUGAUUUUUUCAAUUAGGGAGCAAGGGCCGUAUUCACUGCUUGAGAAUGAGAUUUACAGAGGUCUGGAAGCUGAUACAGAGAUGUUUUAAGCAGCUCUUAACAAACAAAGCAGUUGAAUGUCCAGUGCUGAAAGGAGUGAGUAAAUGUCUUGGAGGAAGCAAUGGAGCUUGAUUACACCCCAUUCCAUGUGCCAAACUUUCUUACCAUGUGUUGAGUGUUGCAACUCACCCAGAAAGCUUUCAUGGAUGGGUAAGUGAGAGUCACUGGCUGCAUUUUUCUCUCUCCUUUUGUGUAAUUUUAUUCCUCUUUGUUUAUGUAUGAAAUAUUGAAAGAGAAAUCUGAUGCACAGAACAAUGAAGAGCAGUAGUCAAUUUAAAUGGUUUUUAAUCUAAUUUGAAAUUUGCUGUAGAAGUGUUGCCAUAACAGAGUACUCCUUUGCAAACACAAUUCAAAUGCAUGGAAGCAGCUUAAUGAUAGCACAAAAGUUGAUGGCUUUGAAGAGCUAGAAUGUCUUUUUGUUCAGAGGUCUGGAACUGAAGGCUUCUCUUGCCAGUUUUCACGCUGCUGGAAGAUUAUCUUUCACCAUUCAUUCUCGAUAUGCUUCCUUGCCUCACAUGGAGAGUGUUACGUAUUGUGAGCAUAAUGGCUAGGAGAGGUGCAGCUUCAGGAGGAGGUCAUUGAUUCAGUACAGCUGUUUUUACUGUCAUGAGCUGUGGUGCAGGCAUAGAUUUUGUGGGGUUUGCUUUUCUGUGAUGCUUAAAAAAAUCUAAACACACACAUAGAGUUAAAACAUUUAUAGAAGAGCUCGUGUACUAAACAUCUGUUAAAUAGAGAAACUGAAGAUGGGCCCAAGACAAAAAUGUGUUUGUGUUGUCUGCAUUCUAUCCCCUAUGCUUUUAGUAUAAAAAUUCAGUUUGCAUUUUGUGCUAAAAGAAUGUAUUGUUCAUUUUGGAAAAAUAACCUAGAAAAUUAUUACCUAGAUAAACUAGAUAAUCCACGUUUUUUCCAGCAGUGCUGGAAAGCUAGUUAGUCAGGGAAUUUGCCAGGCAGCACAAUCUGCAGUGAAUUUGAAACAACAUAGCAUGGUGAAGCUACUAGAGAUCAGUGUUUUUUGGAGUCUGUUUUACACACACACUAUUCAAACUGUUUUCUCAUGUCACUCCUGUGUAUUAGAUGCAUUUGUUGUAUUUUUCUAAUUGUUGAAAAUUUUGCUAAUUUCUCCCAGGGUAAGUCAAGCACUGGGUUGCUGUGCCCACCACUUUAGGUCAGUGACAUCAUAAAUAUUCUCCCUUGUAAAUUACAAAUGAGACAUUUUUCAAGGUUGUGGUAUGAUACUUAUUCAGCAUUUGUUCUUAUGCCCCCAUUCAAGUGGAUGUUUCUUGACAAAUGGUUUUCUAACCCAGAUCUUUCUAACCAGUCACUCAUCCAUUUCACUAUUUCAUGUCCUUAAAUUUUCUUCUGUCUUUGCAGAUGUUCAGUAGGCCUUCUAAAUAGAUGGUGACAGUAGCUAUAUGGGCUUCAACGUUGUGGGCUUCAACUCAAACCACACCAGUUUUUUUCUAAUCUGACCCUCUCAUAUUUAAAAGAAAAAAAAACACUCAACAAAUAAAAAUGCAUGUUGGAAGAAAUUGUGUUAUCUUUUUUUUUGUUUAUUUCUGAAACAAAUAUUGAAUGCUAAUGAUUCUCCUAAUGUCCAUGUCCUUUAUUUUCCAAAGGAAAUACCACAUAGAUUUCCCCCUGAGUGCCACACAGAAGAACUAUGAUUAAAACUUCAACAUUUGAUUUAUUCCCUAAUUAUAAAGGCAAAUGACUACAUUCCCCUUGUCCACUAAUUCAGUAAUUUUAUCAAAGAAGACAACCAAGUUGCUCAGGCAUGUUAUACCCUUGGUAAGUCCAUGCCAACUAUCCCUAGUCACCUUCUCCUCCCCCAGGUCCUCAGAAACACCUUUCAAGGGGACUCACUCCAUUAUUUUCCCAAGGAGUAAAGACAAUCUGACAUCUUGUCUUUGUGGCAACAUUUGAAAAUCAGUUUUCUGAUUUUCUUCUUUCUUCAGUGGUUGGGAAUCUCCCUUUAUGACCAUUCUAAGAGGAUAGAAAUUGGCCUUGCAAAGGUAGUAGCUGGUUCUCUUCAUAGCACAGUGGGUUCCAUGGACUUUUAUGGGUCAAGUCCCCUCAAGUAAUCCUGUCUUAUUCUCACCUGCUUGUGACAGUUCUCAUCCUUGAACUCAUUCACUAAGCAUGGAAGAAAGGGAGACCUAGAUAGUGAUGAAUGAAGCUAAGGAAGCAUUGGGUACCUCAGCCUUAUCUGCACCUGCUGUCACUGGAUUACUGGUCCCAUCCAACAAGCUACCCAUAUUUUUGUUAUUCACCAUUUUGCUCCUAAUGGGGUGGCUGAAGUUCUCUGUGUUGUUUUUGAUGUCCUUUACAAACAUCAACUAUAGGUGAGCUUUUGUUUUCCUAAUAUCAUUCUUAUGUUGCCAGACAACAUUUCUAAAUAUCUCCUUUGUAUUCUGUCCCUCCUUCAAACUCCUUCAUGUUCUCUUUUCACAUUGUAGUCUCCAGGGUUAGCUACUGUCAUGAUACAUCUGCUUGCUUUCUUGAGAGCAGGGAUGGACUAUUCUUGUGCAUGGACGUUGCUGUCUUUAGAGGCCUGCAGCUUCCUUGAGCUCCUUGUCUUUUGGAUCUGCUCCCGUGGGAUUCCCACUACCACUUUUCUAAACAGAAAUCUGCUCACCUGAAGCCCAUGGUCUGCACUGCUGCUCUCCUUCCUCAUCCCCUUUAGGAUCUUGAGUUCUACUACCUCAUCAUCACUACAGCUGAGUCUGGCACUGACAGCACAUCCCCACACAGCCCCUCUUUACCACCGAGCAGGUGUUUCAGUUGUGCAUCACCCCCAUUAGCCCAUGCAGGAUUUGUGUCUGAAAGUUCCCCCUGACAGCCUCCAGGAACCCUGUUCACUGCUAGACCUGUUGUGUUGCACUUCCAGCAGAUGCCAUGAACACUGAAAGUCCUACAUAAGAAGUGGGUUCUGUGGUCCAGAAGCUUUCUUGAAUUGCUUCAAGAAGAUUUCAUCACCUCCCUCACCCUGAGCUCUGCAAUGUGCUCUCACCAUAAUGUCACCCAUGUCAAGCGUGGCUUGGUGGCUGCACAGGAAGAUCUAGUACUUCCCCUUUGCUUCCCAGGCUGCAGCUGGGCACACACACCUAAGGCAGCUGUGUCUCGCUGCCACAUUUUGCCAUUCCUGAGGUCUCUUCUUUUUCUGUCAUGCUACACCUUUUGCUUUAAUGGCUCUUUACAACAUAAUUCCCUCUGUUCCUCAAUAAGGUAGCAGAGCACUGCAUCUUUCCUCCCCACAUUUUGCCCACUCUCUCUUUCCUUGUUCCUUGCCCUAUAUCUUCCCAAGUACCUGGCAUUAUGGCUGCAGUUUGAAAUGCUGGUCACUCAGUGUGCUGUGGUGCUACAGUGUCAGUGAGUGUCAGCCACAGCCAUGGACUACCAAAUUCUGUGCACUCCCACCAAAAUAAAUGGAGUUGUGAUGAGGAAGGCAUAUCUUUUCUCACACCGGAAAAGGGCUAAAGGCUUGGUACCUCAUGGAGUUAAAGCUUGUCAAGGAUUACUUGAAAGGUGCAGGAUUAGAUGGGCUACACCAUAAAGACCUCCAAAGUCCAAGUAUUUGGUUUAUUCUGCCCAGAACUUCUGGUUAGGGUGAGCUGAAGAGGUAUUGGUGAUGCUUCUGCUGCAUGGAACUGUAUUACAAAUGCUCUGUAAACAGCAACACUAAGAGAUAUCUCUCUGUUGUUAACUGUAAGAUUUAAAAAACAGUGUAGCAACAAGUGCAAAAGUGUUUACAUUUUACUUUAAGGGAAAUAGAAUUGUAAUAAUUUUAAUCCUGUUCACCACUGUGGAGGUGAAAAUGAGAUAUGGCUUCAGCACAAUUUGAUGUGCAAAACCACUCACACAUUGCUAAUAUGCAAGCUGCUUGACUGUGAGAAGAGUUGUUCCAUGUCCAGGAAAGAAACUGAUUGUGAGGUGUCUUUUCUAAGGCCAAUAGGUGCAUUCAAAUCAAGAAAUGUUAGAGAACCCAGGUCUUCAGUUCUUGUAUUCCAGUUUUUUGGUAUUGUGAAUAUUUUCUUUUUAUGUUUCAGUAUUCAGCCCAGCCUGUUAAUAGACUUAUCUCAACCUUUUGGAUAACUUUGCCAGACACAACUUCCUUCCCGGACUGACCUGGCCUGGACACCCACCAUGCACAAUUGCACCGCCGAAAUUCCGCACGCUGCUGAGACACAUAGCGAGACUUGGUCCAGCCAGGUGCCGAGCUCCGAGUUCUCCCUGGGUGUGUUGGCACUGCUGGCUUUCCUCAUGGUGUUGCUGUGUCUGGUGACCAUCCUUGGCAACAUGCUGGUGAUCCUUGCUUUCAUUAUGGACAGGAACCUGAGGCAUCGGAGUAACUAUUUCUUUCUGAAUCUUGCUGUUUCUGACUUUGCAGUGGGUGUGUUCUGUAUGCCGUUGUACAUCCCUUACGCCCUGACAGGAACAUGGCACUUGGGAAGGAGCCUGUGCAAGCUCUGGCUGGUCAUGGACUAUCUCAUGUGCACAGCUUCAGUGUUUAACAUCGUCCUUAUCAGCUACGACCGUUUCCUGUCAGUUACAAAAGCUGUAUCUUACAGAGCCCAGCAGGGAAUAAUGUCCAGCUCUGCCAUCAAGAUGGUGGCCAUUUGGGUCUUAGCAUUCCUCCUGUACGGCCCAGCCAUCCUGUUUUGGGAGCACGUGGCUGGACACAGCGUGGUGCCUGUGGAUCAGUGCUACGCCGAGUUCUUCCACAACUGG